AUGGGUCAGACUGAUCGCGUAGUUAUGAUUGGUACUGCCAGCAAAGGUAUAAUUGAUCGGCAGCAUCAGCACAAUGCCCAGGUGUACCGACAACUGUACGCACCCAAUCCAUUUGCUAGUGAAACAGAUGAAGAUAUUCAGAAGUAUAUGAAGGAAGUUGAGGCAAAAACUCCAAGACCAAGUUCUGCUGCCGAUAGUACUGAACAUACGACAUCCAGCCCACCGUUAUACGAAAACGACAGUCCCUCCCUCG